UAUCGUUUAUGUGGUGUACUUUUGCAUAUUGGUAGUCAACCGACUUCAGGACAUUAUAUAGCUGUUCUUAGAGAUUCUUACAAUGAUAUCAGUGUCUCUUCUGAUCAUCACAGUAAAGAACAGCUACCUUCUGCAUGUGAACAAGAAAUGAAAUCAGAUGAAUGUUGGAGUGUUUGUAAUGAUGCAGAUGUCUUCACUAUUCCAUCACAGCAUUUCAAACUAUCUAAAGUUAAUGGGACAGCUAAAUCUCUGCAGGGUUAUUUAACACAUUCAGAAAAUUCAGAAUCACAACAACAAACAACAGAUCAAAGUAAAGUUGACCAGUCUACUGAAAAUUGUUCUCAUCGUAAAGCUAAAAAGCGUCGUUAUGACGCCGCAACCACCUCUUCUAUGGAUGUAAAUAAUACUGACUUGAAUGAAAGCAUUGAUGAAACAGUCUGUGAAACUGCAUCACAAAAAAUCCUAUGGCAUAGUUCAACUAACGCGUAUAUGCUAUUUUAUGAAGCAGUUGACAAUUGUAAUAUCGAUCAAGAAAUUCGUGUCCCCUCCGAAAUACUUAAAACCAUCGAAGAAGUAAAUUUAACUGAACAGGAAAAACUAUUGUCUGAACGAAAAAAGCAGGUGAAUCGUAAAGACCAGAUACUCAACCUUAUAUCCGAAUUGAAACUUCCUGAGCCUCCUGAAAUGCUAUCAGAUGAGCAUAGCGUGUCUUUGGUAUCGACAUCUUGGUUAUCCGAUUGCCUCAAUCAUCCUUUGUUAUUUGAAGAUUCUACAACAUCUACCUAUCAAUCUGAAUCGGAAAAGAAGUCGCUUCUGAAGCUUCAGGAACAUAUAUGCCCGUCUUCGUCAUCUAAUCAGUCUUCCUAUUCUUUACGCUCAUGUCCACAUGGGCGUGUCUCUACUGACCUUGCCGCAGGCUCAUACAGAGCUGUUUCCACUGCUGGCUUUAAAAAGCUUGUUGAAAUUCUUUUGUCGAAGUCAGUUAACAAUGAUACUUCUCACAGUGUCAAAUUCGAUAGAUUUCAACCGUGUAAAAAAUGCAUAUCUUUAAAUAUUGCCUUAUUGAAGAUUGAAAACGCGAUAAAAGAAUUAUCCAAGGAAUUAGAUUAUUUUUCAAGAACAAAUCAUUUGUCUUCCUCGUUACAAAAACGUCUUGAAGAGGGAAAGUGUCAAGAUGAUGCCGCUGGUUAUUAUUUAAUUGGUAAAAGAUCCUUUCGUCAAUGGAAAACUCUUGCACGCCAUUAUACUCGAGCUCUUUACGGUGAUAUUGAGACUGGUUCUGAUUCACAAACAAUGAAGCCUGCUCAGACAACAUUGAAUCACGACAUACUUUGUCCUCACAAUCAACUUAGUACAGAAAAUGCUCGUUAUGUACCAGCAAUACUCUGGCAUCAGUUAGUCGACUUAUUCCCUGGUGCUAAUAUCCCAACAUUUCCUAUUCAUAUUGCAUACAAUGCUGAUACAGUCAUUGAUUCAUCUAGUAUACUAAAUAAUUCAGAAUCGUCUUGUUCUGAAUGUAAUGCAGUACAAAUUGAUUUAACUAAAAGAGCACUUUGUGAACGUCAAUUACUUCCUGGACUGUUUUUAUCGAAUUCUCAACGUAUGCGCCUUUUACAGUCUGCUGAUGCACAGAUAGAGAGGAAAGGAAGUUCUGUUAACAGAUCUAACGAGUUUUCUCUUAAAGAAAGCCGAAAUGAUAUGGAUUCAUGCGUACAAAAUCAAGAUCCAGAUGCUACAAUUUCCAAUGAUAAUAACUUAAACAAUAGUGCAAUAUACUUAAUUCCUAUGGAUUUUGUGUUACAAUGGAGAAAGUUCAUAAAAAAUCCAACAGCAGAAAAUUUGCCCAGUUCACUUUUAUCCGGAUUAAGUACUGAUGGUGUACUUUGUGAACACAAUCAGAUGCUGAAAACCUGGCAAGUUCUUAUAGAAGAAUCAACAUUAUUUCCUCUUUCUUCUUAUGAAUGGGAUGUCUUGUCUCACGCAUAUCCUAAAACACCACAAGAGAAUAAUAUUCCUUUGAAUGCUAGUGGAUCAGAAACACAACUGCCAUUCUAUCCAGCGAUGUAUUUACUUCCUCGUGAUGACUGUGAAUCUAAAUGGCAGUUAGAACCAUCUACUUAUAGUACUUUAUGCUGUGAAUGUAAUUCCCAACUAACAACUGGUAAUCAAACUUACAAUAACGCUAGAAUCCGUAUUCGUCUAGUAUCUGGUCUAGAUGAAGCAGUUAGCAGUUGUCUACAUUCAAUUUCUAUCAAUCCUCCUACAACAGGUCCAUUGGUAUCACUGGAUGCUAAAAUUGAAUCUGGCAAUACUUCUGUUCACUCUGAAUCCGGCAAUACAAAUCCGGACAUUCCUGAUCAGGUUGGUGGAACGCAGACACGGGUUUUGACAGUCGAUGCAAAAUUAGUAUUUGCACCGUAUGUCAUACUUCCAGCCACAAUAUUCGAACACUUUAUGAAAAUGAAUAAUUUAAAAGAAAUUCAGUCUUAUUUAGCUAAACGAGGCGAAAAUGAUUCAACUCCUUUAACUUCACACAAUGGAACCGAUUCAAACAAACUCUCAUCUUCUCUUAAUAAUAAUAAUAAUGAUAAUAAUAAAUUUACUCAAGAAGACGGGAAUCGCCAUCAACAUCAUCAGAUUUUAUGUAAUAAUAAUAAUAACAAUACAAAUAAUAUUCAGUCUACUAAUCACUUGGACUCUUCAUCUGUACAUUAUGUUAGACGUUCAACACGUCAACGUUUAAACCCUAGAGAUUUAUUGGUUAAAGUGAAUAGUACUGAUACUUUAUUGAAUAUGAAAGUUCAAUUAAUGGAGAUUUUAGGUGUUCUACCAUCUGAACAACAUAUUGUAUCUUAUGGUGUAGAGCUCUUUGAUAACACUAAAACACUACAAGAGUUAGGUGUCUGUUCCAAUAGUAUACUGUAUGUAUGGGCUGAUAAUCCAACAUGGGAUCCUAAUCGAACAUACUGUGACAAUUUAACCUUCAAGUCGACUACACAAAAAUCAAAAUCUGGUAGUCCGUGUAAAUUAACAACUGAACCAAUCCCUACUGAAUCAGGAUUCAAAGGCACUCGAUUACUUGAGUACUGAUGUAAUUUUGUUUUCUCUUUUGUAUUUUCAUCUUUUCCCUAAUAAUCAUCAUAUGUUCCUUUGUCUCUAUUUUGUUAGUUUAGUCCUAAUAUAUACUAUCAUGAACAACCUCAUGAUUUUAAAUCCCUAUUUUUGCAUGUACUUUUCUUUCGUUUCACUAUUAUUAUUAUUAUUAUUUGACAAGAAGUUAAACCUAUGAGAAUAUUUUUACUAGUGCGUUCAAAUUGUACAUAAAGAGUGUAAUUCAGCUUUGUUAUUAAUAAUUGAUUAUGAGCUUUAAUUCACAC